GACCUUUUGUGGCCUUGCGAUUGCAGCAUGAAGCAUAAGCCAUCGACCAAGGCUAGAUCCAACAAGUAUCUGUGGUCCUUCAGCUAAGUCAUCAAUUAUAGAAAGAACAUCUUUUCUCCAUUUUCCCACUGUGCAUUCUUAAAGAAAAAGGAAACUGCAGAGAAGAAUAAGAAUGAAUAGUCAAAGGAGUAAAAGAAUCAGGAGAGGGUGGAGAGGGGACGAUCUGAGUCAAGAAAGUAAAGUACUUCAAGGAGGUCAAGAGCAUCAGAUGCUGUGAUAAUCUGUGGGGCUAACUCACUUUAUGGAUCCCAUCUCUAGAGCCCCUCCUGAGGUAUUUAGAACAAAGAGAGAGAGACUGAAAAAAAGUGGCCAAGGAAGCAGAAAGGAAACAGAGACCAUGACUUUACAGAAGCCCAGGGAAGAGAUCUUCAAAAGAAUGACAUGGUUAAUAUGGCCAAAUGCUACAGAGCUCUAAUACAGACUUGCAAGAGUCCCCUGGAUUUGGCAAUAUGGAUUGGAAUCUCAGUGAGAGCCACUUCAGUGGAGUGAAAAGCCAAGAUUGCAGCAGCCAAGGAAUAAAUGACAGUUGCUGGAGUGACUAGCUGAGGGACCGAGGAAGGGCUGAACUGGGGAUGGGACAGCAAUCAUUCUGGAAUUCCAACCUGAGGGUGGCAAGGAUGAGAUGGAACAGCCAGUGCAAUGAUCAGUUUAGAGGCGGACUCUCAUUUCCUUCGGUCUUUUUAUUUGCUGCAAAGGGGAAGGGAGAGGAGUCUCCGCAUUAGUUGGGUCUUUGUCUUCUGAGGAUCAUGAUUUUGACCCCACUGCUGAGAUGUUGGUCCAUGACUAUGAUGAUGAAAGAACUCUUGAAGAAGAGGAAAUGAUGGAUGAGGGUAAAAACUUCAGUUCUGAAAUUGAAGACUUAGAAAAGGAAGGAAACAUGCCUCUAGAAGAUUUACUGGCAUUCUAUGGCUAUGAACCUACAAUUCCAGCAGUUGCAAAUUCCAGUGCAAAUAGCUCCCCAAGUGAACUUGCUGAUGAACUACCAGACAUGACACUAGACAAAGAGGAAAUUGCUAAAGACCUGCUGUCCGGUGAUGAUGAGGAAACUCAGUCUUCUGCAGAUGACCUGACACCAUCUGUGACAUCCCAUGAAACUUCCGAUUUCUUUCCUAGGCCUUUACGAUCAAAUACUACAUGUGAUGGAGAUAAGGAAUCAGAAGCUGAAGAUGUUGAAACAGACAGUGGUAACUCACCUGAAGAUUUGAGGAAAGAAAUAAUGAUUGGUUUACAAUAUCAGGCAGAGAUUCCUCCGUACCUUGGAGAGUAUGAUGGUGAUGAGAAAGUGUAUGAAAAUGAAGACCAGCUACUUUGGCGUCCUGGUGUGGUUUUGGAGAGCAAAGUUAAGGAGUACCUUGUUGAGACCUCAUUAAGAACUGGAAAUGAAAAAAUAAUGGAUAGGAUAUCUGCAGGAACACACACAAGGGACAAUGAACAGGCAUUAUAUGAACUUCUCAAGUGUAACCAUAAUAUAAAGGAAGCAAUUGAAAGGUACUGCUGCAAUGGAAAGGCAUCUCAAGAAGGAAUGACUGCAUGGACAGAAGAAGAAUGCCGGAGCUUUGAACAUGCACUCAUGCUUUUUGGAAAAGAUUUUCAUCUUAUACAGAAGAAUAAGGUGAGAACUAGAACAGUUGCUGAAUGUGUAGCAUUCUACUAUAUGUGGAAGAAAUCUGAACGUUAUGAUUACUUUGCUCAACAGACAAGAUUUGGAAAGAAACGAUAUAACCAUCACCCUGGAGUUACGGACUAUAUGGAUCGUUUGGUAGAUGAAACAGAAGCUCUGGGAGGGACAGUAAAUUCUUCAGCCUUAACUUCUAAUCGACCUGAGCCUCUUCCUGAUCAACAGCUGAACAUUCUCAACUCCUUCACUGCCAGUGACUUGACAGCUUUGACCAACAGCGUAGCAACCGUCUGCAACCCCACGGAUGUUAAUUGUUUGGAUGAUAGCUUUCCUCCAUUGGGCAACACACCCCGUGGACAAGUAAAUCAUGUGCCUGUCGUAACGGAAGAGUUACUCACCUUGCCUAGCAACGGGGAAAGUGAUUGUUUUAAUUUAUUUGAGACUGGAUUUUAUCACUCGGAGCUAAACCCCAUGAACAUGUGCAGUGAAGAGUCAGAAAGACCAGCAAAGAGAUUGAAAAUGGGCAUUGCUGUUCCUGAAUCCUUUAUGAAUGAGGUUUCUGUAAAUAAUUUGGGUGUGGACUUUGAAAAUCACACACAUCACAUCACCAGUGCCAAAAUGGCUGUCUCUGUGGCUGACUUUGGCAGUCUGUCUGCCAGUGAGACCAAUGGCUUCAUCAGUGCCCAUGCUCUACAUCAGCAUGCCGCCCUUCACUCUGAGUGACACGAGUGAGGAGCCCAGAAACAGUGGGUGUGCAGAACCAGUAAACUUGAGGAAAGGAUCAGGUUUGCUUAGUCUUUCACUGGAAGUUUGAACCUUUUUCACUAUGACAUCAGUGAUGUCAGUAUGUAUAGAACUAUAUCUUGAUUUAUCAAGAGUAUUUUCAUUUUUCAAUCCAUAAAUGUGGAAAUGAACUAUGAUCAGCAGAGUUGGGAACUAAGAUUGAACUCUGUGGUGCAGCUUUAAGCUCUGCUUAUCUCUUCCUCAUCCCCCAGUACCUCUUCUCCACUCCCUUUUUUUCUAUUCUUUUCUGUUCCCCACUGCCCUCACUCCCAAUUUUAAAACCUGUAGACAGAGGCCACCGGCUCAAAACCAGCACAGAUGUUCUGAACUGAAUGGAGUGGCUUCUUUUCGUGUAAAUUCCUUUUGCCGUAAUGGAUGCAGUGGAAUAACAAUGUUUACAGGUACCGAUCCCAAUCCCUGCUCAAUGUAGCAUUUUUUGGUUUUAUUUUCUUAAUUAAAUAAAAGCAGGGGUAGGUUUCUUUAAACUGCACAAACAUGCAAGGAUUUUUUUAAAAUGGAAACUUCUCUCAUGUUAUUCAACUAGAGCACUUCAGUUUACAAAACAGCAAGUCCAUCUUUAUGGAAGCCAGCACGAGGAACUGCGUGCAAAUUAUGAAGACACUUGCUUGGAUCCUGUUUCAAAAUUCUAGACCAGGGCUACCUUACACAGAAUCUGUCAUUUUACUGUGGGAAGAGUUCUGUGUACCUUCAUUGAUUGGCUGAAAAUUUGGCUUUUUAAGAUGUGGUAUUUAGAUGGGGUUUUGUCCACCAUUGUCAAGAUUAUAAUUCUAAAAAUCAUACUGGUAUUGAUAAUUUAGUUUAUCCUGAGGCAACUGACUUGCAGGACACAGUCUACAGAGCCUAGGAUGUUGCCACUCAAUGGUUUACAUUUGGGACACUUCUUAUGUUGUUUGUAGCACUGCAGUUCAAAGUGUUCAUAUUUUGGAGGGACUUCUAGAUUUUACACUUAAUGCAGUAGAACCUUGAAGUAUAUUUAAACUUUUUUUGUUUAGCUUGAACAGUUGGCAAGAAAAAUGUGAGUUUCUGUCUAUUGACAUAGAAUGGUACUUUACCACUUUAAGUUUUAAAAAGUGAUAGACGUUCAGAUGCAUCUCACACUCAGUUUUAUUUGUAUUCCAGACAUUGUGAAUGAGAAGCCAUUGUCAUAAACUUUGGCCAUUUUUGCUCUAUAGAUACGCAUCUUUAAGUUAAAAGGUGAAUUCACAUGAUACACAGUACAGUAUUAGGAUGUAAUAAGCUUUGCUUUUAUAGUUCAGUUACAAUGGAAUUUUGCUUUUUUUUUUUUUUUUUUGCACCAUCUUAGUUGAAAUUUUCAAUUUCUGCUAGUUGUCGUGCUUUGCAAAAAACUUAAAUGUUUGGCUGCAUUGCUGAUAUUUGUAAGUAUAAGUCGCUUCAAGGUUGUGCUGAUGAGUAGAUAGGUUGUAGUGACCUUAGUAGUGAUGGAAAGGGAGGGUAUUUAUUAUACAAACUGUGAACUGCAAUGACAUCCUUAGUUUUGGAUGAUGUGUAUUCUUAUUUUUGUUUGCAGCAUUUUAAUGAAGAUUGCUUUGAAGUGUUUACGCAGUAGCAUAUUUACUAUAAAAUUUAGUUUAGCACAGUGGACAAAAGUAGUUAAAUUAAUAACUUAAAAUCAGUCUCUAAUUUAUACAUCUAAAGUCUAGCAUUCCUGUAUGCACACAGUAAAUAAUGGGUAGCCUGGGCUCUAUGUUGCUUUCAGAUAUUUUUAUCCAAGUUAUCAGCUUCUUAUUGCUGUGGUGUUGUGCUAAACUUUGAACCUUAUUUCUUUUGUUAAAAAUCAGUAUACCUUUUAUAAUUUAGUAAGAUACUGGCCAUAAUCUUCCAUUGUUAUAACUUUAAUUUUCACUCUGGGUUUACAGUGGCUGGUUUGUAUAAAAUAAUUUACACAAAGAUGACUGAAUGCUAAUACCAGUUGCACUUAAAUGAACAUGCCCAUUCUCAGUAGCUGAUGCAGUAACAUAGUCAGUUUAUCUAUGCAUUGCUGGGAUCUUGAUAUAAGAUGGAAACAGUGUUUCUUAUCUAAAGUUUUGAUUAUCAGCAAGUUGAAUGGACACUUUAGUUAUUUAAAUAAAGAUUUUUGACCAAAAUCCAGAAAAUGAUAUGAGAGAAAAAUAAAUUCCAGCUAGUUUAAUAGAUUUUUAAAUGUCAAUCUGAUUUUAGCCUCUUAGAGAGUGCUAACUAGCUGGCAACGUUUACUUUUAAUUCCUUGUUAAAAUGAGGCAAUAAUUUGCAAGAUUUUUGUAUAUAUAUGUAAAUUCUUCAUAUCUUUUUAGAUCUAAUUCAAUAUUUUCUGACUGCUUCCGCCAUGUAUAAUACCAUUUUUGUGCAUGCUUGAUGUGACAUUCAUAAAUUGUACCACUAUGACUUUAUCCAUGUAAAAUAGCUAUUUAUUGAAUUUUCUUUUAAAAGCUGGAUUUACUGGGUUUUGUUUCCUCCAGUUAAGCAUCUUAACAGAGAAUUUGUUACUGUUUAUUAGAAGAAUUGCGUUUGAGAGCAUGAAAUAACUGAUUUGCAAUUUUAUGAAGAAACAAUAAUGCCUUUAUUAUCAAGUGUGAAGCACAAUUCUUAUAACAAACUGUGAUAAAUUCUUUUGUUUUCUUUUGCCGCAUUAUUUUCUUAUGAACAAACCAAAAAUCCAUGGUGAGCAGUUGCAUUGUUGGCUGAUGUAUCUUUUAUGUACAGGGAAUUUGAAGAGGACAACGGAUCCAUUUAGGAGUGUAACUGGUGCUGUGAUUAUAGCAAUACUUUUGUUAGUCGUACGUCAUCUUUUCCAUGCUAGCAUUUUAAAUGUUUAGUUUUCCUCUUGUCACGGUCAACUGCUGAAUUUACUUGAAGGAUGUAGAAUACUGUUUAAACAAUACUAAAGUGUGUACAAUUAGGUCAAAGAAUUGUGCAAUUGUUUCCUUUUUAAUUUUUAAAAUUGAGGGUCAUAAAUAUUUGAGAACGUCAGAUUUAAUAGAGCAUAGUGAUACUAUUUAAUUUAACCAAAGUCUCUAGUGAAUAUUUCAACUUUGAAUGUAAACUAAUGAAUAAACCUGACCACCAAGGAGAUUGUUUGCCCAGAGUUUCAAAGCACAUUGUCUACAAAUGGAAAUUGAAAUAAUUUAUAAAAAUAUUGACAUUACUAUGUUUUUUAAAAAGUUCUUAAUUUUUUCACUAAAAGGAGGAAACUAUUAGUUUUAUUGUUAAAUAUGGUAGAUAUUAAAAUUCCUCUUAGAUGACCAGUGAUUCCAAUUGUCCCAGUUUGAAAUAAGUAUCCUGUGAAUAUGAGAUUAAUUAGUGACAAUCACAACAAGUUUUAGUAUCAGAUGUUCAAGAGGAAGUUGCUAUUGUUGCAUUGAUUUUAAUAUUUGUACAUAAACACUGAUUUUUUUGAGCAUUAUUUUGUAUUUGUUGUACUUUAAUACCUGGUGUACAGUUCCAGAAAUAAACAUCUGGAAAUCUUUUUUUU